UGCGUGCAGGGUUGCCCAUGACCAUGGCACCAUAACAAUCGGUAAUACUUUAAUUACUGGACUUCAACCCAACACAACAACCACUAGAAGUGUCACUUUAGCAGGUACUGUAAACAAUGACGGUCGUUGUGAUGGAGUCCAAUAUUCGGACCCUUUUGAUUCAUACAAAAACGUCGUUGUAUUGGGUGUUGUUCGAAUCUCACUGAGAUCAGAUAUGGCUAGAGUAGAGGUAGAUAAUGGAAAAAUUUACCUAUCCUCCGGUCAUGCUUAUAGGUUAAGAGACAAUAAAUGUAUCGAUCCAAUUGGAGGAUAUUCAUUCUGGGAAACAUUACCCUCAACAUCUCAUUGUGAAACAGGUUUAUUUUCUAUUCUUCAUAAAGGCCUGGUAAAUAAAAUAACCUCAAGAGAUGAUACUUUAUAUUCUGUCAAUGUAAAGGAAGUUAGCUUCACUUUUACGAAACAAGGUGUUGAUAACGCGUGCGGUUUGAAUCUAAUAAAGACGGAACAUCCGAAAAUUUUCAUCAUUGAAACAAGCAAUAUUGCAGAUUUUUCACGAAAUGUUGCGGUUUCAUUAAAUACCGACAAUAUGGAUUUACUUAUGUAUGUAAAUGCAAAAUUUGUUUAUGUAGAAAGAUAUAUUAGAUCUCAAGUGCAUGGAUUGUACAGAGAUGUCUUGCGCCACCAAUGUAAUCUGGAACGAGAGAUUUUGAGAAAUAGCUUGGCAAUUGCAUCGACUAUGCCUGAUGAAUUUGCAUUUAGAUUUAUGAAAGGUCCAGGUUACAUGGCGGUGUUAGCUGGUGAAGUUAUUCACUUAGUUCAAUGUGUACCAGUAGAAUUGAAAGUAAGGAAAACAGAAGAAUGUUAUAAUCGUCUACCAGUACAACGAGGAAAUGAGAGCGUUUUCCUGACACCACGUACCCAUGUUGUUGUAACACAGGCGACACAAAUCCCUUGUAAUUCUCCAUUACUUCAGUUCUAUCGUCUUGCUGAUACUUGGUAUAAAUUGAUGCCACACGCAAUUGAAACGCUGCCACCAAUCCAAAUCAAACCCAACGUUAAGGUGACAUGGAAAUACCAAAAUCCUAGUCAUUUAGCAACCAGCGGGAUAUAUAGUGAAGAAGGAGAACACAGCAGUUCUCAACCAGAUCGCCCAAAAAGUCUCAAGUAAUGGGUCUCACUACGCAUCACCAUCGAUGUUCAACAUUUUCGAUGAGAAUGCUUUGGAAAAACUGGCUGAAAGUACGUGGAAGAAGACAUGGGGCCGAUUUAUCAGUUUCGGUUCCAUCAGCGCUGGAUUCAUCGGAGUUUUCAUGCUGAUUCGAAUAUUGAAACUCCUCGUGGAUACCAUUAUCCACGGUUAUACGCUUCACAUGGUUUAUGGAUGGUCUAUCCAUUUGUUAGGAGCAAUUUGGGAUUCUGUUACGAAUCUACUACUGCAUAUGGCUAAGCAGGCAAGAAAUCCAGAGCGCAAGGACGUUGAGUUGGGACUUAUCGAAGCUUCUGCUCCAGCAAGCGAUGGAGCAACUGAGAAGAUUUAUCCACACAUUGAGAAACCUCUCAAUGAUAGUGAAGUAAGACACUUCGUUUGACCCUGAAGAAGGAAGACCACGACAGCUGCAUUACUGUGUUACACAACAACAACAUCCUCUAUUCUGAUGAAAGGCUCUCAACUUCAAGUCUACGAAAUUUUGUAAUUAGACAAGUAAGAUUUAAAGACUGUCUCUUAUUAGAUAGAAAUAAGAUUAUUUCAUUUUUUUUUAUUACGUCGUUCUCGUUCUCUAAUGUCACUCGUACUUCCGUCUAACUGCGGGGGUGUGACAUCCGUCAGAAAAUUCAUUUAAAUUCAUUUUCUUACGUCGUCAUUCAAUUAUCUCAGUGAUAGA